AUGGAGGAGUUCGAUCGCAUAAUCUCACUGAUCGCUGGACCCAAGGAGAAGAAUAGAGCAGCCGGGCUCAAAGAAUAUGUAAACGUAGUUGAAGAUGAAAUAUCUGAGCGCAUCGCUUCGCUUCCAAGCUCAGCUAGGAUUUCCGAUCGAGCAAAAAUCGCGUUUGGCACUGGAGAAACGCACAAAGCAAUUACAGUGUCGAGCAACACGGGCUUCAUUCGCGCGGCGAAACAACAAGAUGUAUUCGUCUCCGUCAAAGAGCAUCGACCACGCGCAUUGAGCGAGCAGAAAGAGCCCGCUGCUGUUUUACUUUCACGUGACUCUCUCAGUUCUGAUUUUGAUAUCGACUACUUUGCCCAAAUAUUUACCGCCUGA